UUCCAAAAAAUGCAGAUGCUAAUAGUCCAGGGUUCAAAUGCACAUACACUGAAUUUCCUGAUCAUCCAUUACGGUCUAAACGUGAACCCUGUGGAUCUGAAUUGUUAGUUAAAGUACCAGUAACUGAUAGAUAUAUUUGGCGUCCUAAAAUG